UGAGGCGGGCGGGGAGGGGAAGAUGGCGGCGGCGGCGGGGCGCGGGCUGAUGGCGGCGGGGCUGCUCCGCGGGCGGGUCGCCAUCGUCACCGGCGGCGGCACCGGCAUCGGCAAGGCCAUCGCCGCCGACCUGCUGGCGCUAGGUUGCAGUGUUGUUAUUGCCUCUCGUAAAUUUGACCGAUUAAAAGCUGCUGCAGAAGAACUGAAUAAUAGAUUUGCUUCCAUGAGUCCUGCCCAAGUGACUCCCAUAGAGUGCAAUAUCCGCAAAGAAGAGGAGGUGGAAGCUUUGGUGAAGUCUACACUGAGUCUGCAUGGGAAGAUUGACUUCCUGGUGAAUAAUGGAGGGGGCCAGUUUACAAGUCCUUCUGAAGCCAUCCGUGCAAAAGGCUGGAAUGCUGUGAUAGACACAAAUCUGACAGGGACUUUCUAUUGUUGCAAAGCAGUGUACAAUGCCUGGAUGCAGGAACAUGGAGGAGCCAUUGUCAACAUUACUGCUGCUGUGAGAAAUGGCUUUCCUGGAAUGUCGCACUCAGGAGCUGCAAGAGCUGCAGUGGAUAACCUAACCAAGACUUUAGCUUUAGAAUGGGCUCACAGUGGAGUGAGAAUCAACAGCGUUGCUCCUGGACUGGUAUUUUCAGAAACUGCUGUUGCAAACUAUGGAGAACAAGGUGUAAUGAUGUGGUUAAAGAGCAUACCAAAGGUUCCUGCCAAGAGGUCGGCUGUUCCUGAGGAGAUCUCUCCUGCAGUAUGUUUCCUGCUGUCUCCUGCUGCAUCAUUCAUAACUGGGAUAACCAUGGUUGUGGAUGGUGGCCAGAGUUUGUAUGGCCAUGCCCUAGAAAUACCUGAUCAUAACAGAUGGCCCUCACCACCAGAAGGAAAAAAUUCUGAAAUGCUGAAAAAGCUUCUUUCUGGCGAGUUCAAACCAAAGCUAUAAAAGAAAGAAAUUUUAUCUUGUUCCCUGUUGCACCCUUGCUCCUAAUCUUGCUUUGUGAUUUGGCCUUACUGUUCUCAGUAAUAAUUUUUUUUUGCUCGUAUGUAACUAUAUUAAGUGCCUUGAUUUUGUUGGUUUAUAUUUAAAACUUCUGAAAGGCUCUGAAAACACUCACCCUGAAAAGAUUCAGUCUUUUGGGAAAAGAUACAAAAGACAAAUCCAUUUGUACAGGCAUUAAGUAAUGAAAAAUCCCAACCAGAAGUGAAUAAAAACAAUACUUAUUUUGCAGUGAAGGUAGCCAAGAGGGAAUGUUUAGGAAUCCUUCUGUUCAUGAUGAAUUUAUGGAAAAGGUAAUUUAAAUCUUUUACUAUUAGUUGCAUCAGUAAUCCUUGGGUAAGUGUUAGCUCUACACUGUUUCUGUUCAGCCACAUACUGAGUGUUCAACAAUGGUUUUAAAGACCAAGUAGAGUAAGUAUUUCUCUGAAAAUAAAUAAAAAUAAGAUGGAAUACUGUUAAUUAUGCUUCAAACUAAUAUGACAUAUCAUAUUUAUAAUGCUUGCAGAUAUCAUGACAUAAUGGAAUUAAGCUGGCUGCAACUUAAAAUUGAUAACAGAAUAAGCAGAUAAUAAAUACAAUGAUGGAAUUCAUACAAUGUAUAGAUUCAACAACUUAACAUGCAAAAUCUGUGUAUAUUGCACUGCUCUGUGCAGUAUGCUACACUAGUAAAGGAGAAAUUUGGAGUUCUUCAUUUGCCAGCUAAAAUACCUUUUAUCCAUACUGUAUUGUCGUACAAUGUUAACAGAAUUUUUUUCUUUACUGUCUUCAGGUGUGGUUUUUUUGAACAAUGUAGAGAUGCCAUUUAAAAACUGGGAAUCUUGUAAUACAUCGCUUGAAGAGGCUAUAUUUGUAAAUUUUUUAUUCACUUUAGGGCAAAUGUUCCCAUGCCUGCUAGCUUUAGUGAAAAUAUAAAAAAUAACUAAUGGCUGUGUCUGUUUGCUGUAAAAACUGAAUUUCCUGGAAUCAAGUUGCUGCUAUAAAAGAGAACUUUUAAUACUUCAUUUUGGACUGAAUGUAAAAGUCUGAUGGUUGUUUGUUCUCUGCAAAGAUUUUUGACUUUUGUGUCUUUCAGUAAAUUAAGUGUUCUUAUAUAGGUACAUGUAGAUUGCUUUUUCAAGAAAAUUAAAGAAUGUCAGUUUUUAUGAGAGGAGGCGUUUGUGCCAUCAUGUAUAUUCUUUCUGCUUUAUUUUCUUCCCUUUGUAACUGGACAGUCAUUUAUGUGGCUGUGAGAAAUUACUGCAGAGAUAAAGCAAACUUUUUUCAAAUCUCUUGUGCAGGAUAUAUUUUGUUUAUUGUAAAUAUUAGUUCAGGGUACUCAGCAAGAGGAUUCCUGGAAGCAAAUGCACCUGAUAGAUAACUAACUCUAGAAGUCUAGCCCAUCAGAUUCAAGUGAAACUAUUUAGUUUAUUAACACAUUAUUUUGACAUUCUAAACAUAUUUCUGGAAAAGAAGGUUAAACAUGAAUAAGCUUGAGACUUGUGGAACUUACUUUCUCUUUACGUUUUUGACUGUGAGUUUCUAUGGUACAUGUGCACUGUGAAUUCAAAGUGAAAUGGAAGUGAAUUGACUACUUUUAUUAUAUCCCAGAAAUGUUCACUGAAAGAUUUGGGUACAAACUUGGAAAUCAUCAAUUUUUAAUCUUGCAAAUUUCCCCUUUAACUAUGCUAUAGUGUGAAUAUUCAUAAAGAGGGGAAGUUUAUAUGUAAUGAUGGUGAAAUUAAUCAUUCACCUCAGGAAAUCAUGAGAACAUUAGAAAGGUGAGCAUUCUUCUGUGUGGGAGACAUGUUCAGUCUGCUAUUAAUAAAUUCCUUCAUAAGUAAAACUAUAACAAACCUUUCUGCUUGUGCUGAAUACAAUUUGACCUUGCCUUCUCCAACUUUCAGCAAAGCAAUGGAUGUACUAAGAAAAUGUAAGUUAGUUCUUCAGAUGAGGCUGUGUUGUUUUUUUUCAACUGGCAGGAAGUUGAAACAGGCAGCAUUUGUGGAGCCAUAAUGUGCUCAGCUUAGUGCAAUAGGAGAAUAUACUCAGAAUACUCUAAGGGUAAAUCCGGUUUAAAAAUAUAGAAAAUACAUCCUGGGAAGGGGACACAUCAGUAUGUCUGCUUUUCUGUUUUUUCUUUUGUGUUUCCCAGUAAUAAUACCAAGGUUCCCCCAUGAGCUGAGGCUUACUGUGCAUAAUAUUAAAAGGUUUAUCAAAAUUUUUUAGAUAUUAGGAUAAUAACUCCCUUGCUGUAAUGGUUUUGCAGUAUCACAGCCUUUCUUUUUGUUUUGUUUUGUUUUGUUUUUAUUUGUAUUUUUGAGGGGGUUACUUUGUUUUUGUGUUUUUCAUCAUGUGCCAUGGAUUACAUGAAAUGUUUAAUUCUCAGAAGAGAGGUUUUAUUUUGGUCUUGCCUCUUCAGUCCAUUUUUAUGUAGAUUAAAGUUAUUUUAAAAGUUUUGCAGCACCUUGCAGAAACCCAGUUUUGUGUCAGGGAGCAAGAAUCUUUCAGGUUUCUUCUGUAGUGCUGAAGAUAAUAUCAACUGUAGCAAAGCUCUUCCUAUGCCAACAGCCCUAGAUCAAAGGGCAUUGAGAGGUUAAAAGAAAUAGGUGUGGUAGCAAAAACAUCCUUGACCUUAAGAUUGGGGUAUCUGGAGUUCAGAGAACAGGGCUUUAUUUUAUUUAUUUUACAAGGGAAGCAAAAGCAACUGUGAGAAAGGGACUAAGGAACCUCAGGAAGAAUCAAGGAGAUUUACUGACCAAACACUGAAAUUUAAACAUUUGCUGCACUGUAUAAUUCUAAUAAGCAAAGAAAAGAAUGUUAGAGUGACAGUUUGCUUUAACAUUCUGUUAGAAAUCUCUUUUUGGCUGCUUUAGUAUUUACUUCUGGCUAAGCCUGUGCCUAUUCUGCCUAUGUCUUAUCAGAUAUUCAUUUGAUGGAUGAAUCGGUGCUUACCAACUGCUACUUUACCCCACUGUCUGGUGUUAUAUCUAAGUGUGUGUCUGAAUAGAACUUUACAUUUGUGACAGCAGUGUAAUUCAAUGAAGGGAAACUUCUGUCAAUUUCUGUCAACUGCACUUGCCUUACAUUUUACAGAUACUCCUUGUGUUAAGCAUAAUAUUGUUCAUUCAGGGUAUUCAUUUAGCAUAAAGUGAAGUCUCAUUAUUCUGUGGGUCCACUUAGUGUAAAAUGAAGUCUGUGUUGUAAAUAUCUUCAUUCUUUACAGAUUAGCAGUUGUCAUGUUUGCUAAAGGGAAAAAGAAUAGUGUCAUUCUGCAGUAAGGUACCUUGUCUGCUUUAAGAUACAAAUGAACAAAUAUGAGGCUAGUCUUGCUUAUUACAAGCAUUUCUGGCUGUGUUUAGUCUUCUGAUCAGUCGCACAGAAUAUCCCCUAUAAUCUUUAAGAAAGUGUGCUCUUUGCAAGGUAGUGUAAUUUCAUAUAUUUCUAAUUGGCAUCUCCCAGUUUCCACCUGCCAUCUCAAAUAGCAGCCUUGUGUUAAAUGGCUGAGUGCUGCAGAUAUUAGGGGAAUUGUCUUACUAGUAAAGUCAACAGUGUCUGUAUUCUGGGUUACUGAAUAUGGCUGAGUCCUAAAGGUAAAUGAGUUGCUUCAUAAACUUCAGUGAUGGGGCUGGAGCAGACAAAACUAUCAGUACUACUGCCCAAGAUCACUUAGUGUAUAUUACAUUUUUAUGAAUCUUCCAGCAGUAGUUUAGGACUGUCCUCCCCAAGACACGUUUUUUUUCCUUUCUUUUUGCAUCAGCCUUACAGUGAUGGUGCACUUGUAUUGGGUGGAAGUGGAAGUACUGAGACGCAGGCUCUUGUUCCCUUGUCAUGAGAAGGCAGAGGAACAUAGCAAAGGUUUGAAAUGAUACUGCUGUUUGCUCAAUUCAUGUAAGCUGGAUUUAAAUUUAUAAACAGACUGUUGGCCCUCCUGCUGGUAAGAAAAGACUCUGGGUCAUCUUAUAACAUCCUGGCAUCACAAGCUUUAUCCUACUGCAGUUCCCAGAAGAAGCCAUUUUGACUUCUGUUAUCUGCUCUGUCACUAGCAUCUUGUUCCUUUGUCAGUUAACCCCUCAUUUGAUUAAAUAUACAUUAAAUUAAUCACUAACUUA